AUGGCCGAGGACCCCAGCGCGUUGCCCUGGUCCAUCAACAAGGAUGACUACGAGCUGCAGGAGGUCAUCGGGAGUGGAGCGACUGCGGUGGUGCAGGCAGCCUUCUGCGCCCCGAAGAAGGAGAAGGUGGCGAUUAAACGGAUCAAUCUUGAGAAGUGUCAGACAAGCAUGGAUGAACUCCUGAAAGAAAUUCAAGCCAUGAGUCAGUGCCAUCACCCCAACAUUGUAUCUUACUACACGUCGUUCGUGGUGAAAGAUGAGCUUUGGCUGGUGAUGAAGUUACUUAGUGGAGGCUCUGUUUUGGAUAUUAUAAAACACAUUGUGGCCAAAGGAGAACACAAAACUGGUGUCCUGGAUGAACCCUGUAUAGCUACAAUCCUUAAGGAGGUGCUGGAAGGGCUGGACUACCUGCACAAAAACGGGCAAAUCCACAGGGAUGUGAAAGCAGGAAAUAUUCUUCUUGGAGAAGAUGGCUCUGUGCAAAUUGCAGACUUCGGUGUUAGUGCGUUUCUGGCCACCGGUGGUGACAUUACCAGAAAUAAAGUCAGGAAAACCUUUGUGGGCACACCUUGCUGGAUGGCACCAGAAGUUAUGGAACAGGUCAGAGGAUAUGAUUUCAAGGCAGACAUCUGGAGCUUUGGGAUCACUGCUAUUGAACUGGCCACGGGGGCAGCUCCUUACCAUAAAUACCCUCCAAUGAAGGUUUUAAUGCUGACGCUACAAAAUGAUCCCCCAUCUUUGGAAACUGGGGUGCAAGAUAAAGAGAUGCUGAAGAAGUAUGGCAAAUCGUUUAGGAAGAUGAUUUCAUCGUGCCUACAAAAAGACCCUGAGAAAAGACCGACAGCAGCAGAACUCUUAAGACACAAAUUUUUCACAAAAGCAAAGAAUAAAGAAUUUUUACAAGAGAAGAUGUUGCAGAGAGCACCAACAAUCACUGAAAGAUCCAAAAAGGUCCGGAGAGUCCCAGGUUCCAGCGGACGUCUUCAUAAGACUGAAGAUGGUGGCUGGGAAUGGAGUGAUGAUGAACUAGAUGAAGAAAGUGAGGAAGGCAGAGCAGCAAUUUCACAGCUCAGGUCUCCCAGAGUGAAAGAACCUCUACAGAAUGCAGAGCUAUUCCCAUCAGCUGAGCCUCCAGGUCCUUCACUCAAUGCUCCAGCACAGGCACCUACUCAACUACCUCAGGCUGCAGGACCAGUCCCUGCACAACCUCAGACUGCUGUACCUCCACCUAGUCAGGCUCCUCCAGCAGCCCCAGCAGCAACCCAGUUUUAUGCAGCAUUUGAAGCACCAGCAGCAGUGAAGGUCCCACCUGCCCCUGCUGCACCUCCGGUACAGGAAGAUACAAACGUCCCCAUCAGCCUUGUACUAAGGUUAAGGAAUUCAAAAAAAGAGCUCAAUGAUAUCCGAUUUGAGUUCACCCCAGGGAGAGAUACUGCUGACGGCGUGUCUCAAGAACUCAUUUCAGCAGGUCUUGUUGAUGGCAGAGAUCUGGUAGUAGUUGCAGCUAAUUUGCAGAAAAUUGUGGAAGACCCCCAAGCAAACAGAUCCAUCACGUUCAAACUGGCAUCCGGUGUGGAAGGCUUGGAUAUUCCCGAUGAUGGCAAACUUAUAGGAUUUGCACAGCUCAGCAUCAGCUAAACAAUGGUCCCAGGAGAUGUUUCCCAACUGAGAACCCACAUGUGCAUAUUCGUAAUGCUUCUGUUAGCCUAAAAACAAAACAAAACAAACCACUACUGCCAAAGAAUGGAACUACAGCCCCCUUCCUAGAAGCUUUAACGUUUUCAUUAAUAGGAUCACAAACCUUCCUGAAAAAUUACCGAUGGCGUUUACACCUUUUGUAAACAACUCUCAUGUUUUUGUAUCUGUCAUCUCAGACAUGCAGAUCCAACACCUCAUUGCCUGCAUGUUCAUUUUAUUAUUGCCUUACUUUAAAGAAAAAUACUACUGAGUACGAAGCAGGGGGUUCCACUGCUCUGAUGAUCUUGCCUAGAUGUUUUGCCUACAUGUGGUUUCUUCUUUUUUCCUUUUUUUUCCCACUUGCUAUUUUUGCACAAGUUUUAAUACUGAACGGAUCUCUUUUAGUUCUUUACCUGCUUCUCCUUCUGUCUGAUACACCAAUGUACAUGUUGUUUGGGUCACCUGGAGUGCUGAGAAAUCUGCUUCUUUUCAGCUGUGUGUUUUUGAAACUGCUGGUUUGAAUGCUUGCACCUGAGAAAGCAAGCCAAGUCUUAACCCAGGGGAGGGAGAACCACCUUCCCAUGUGUUUUUGAGAAUUUCCUUGAUUUUGAGGUGUUAGAAGUCAGCUUCCCUUUGUAAACUGCCUUAAUUUUUUUUUUAUUUUUAAAUUCUUCCAUUUUGGUUCUCUCCACAUGAGUGCCAGGCGUGGCAUGAGGGCUGAACCUUUUAAGUUCCUUUAAGCAGUCCUUCCUCAAAGUAUCUUUCAUUCUGCAGCUUAAAUGUAGUCUGUUCUUGAAGCAGAGCAAUGAGGCAUUGCUGUUGGGAAACUGGUCCUUCAGAUGAUCAACUAAGUAGUCAUGGUCAGAGGCAGAGGAGACCUGGGUCACUCUGCAUUUGCAAGAGACGAUGCACUUCAAACUGGUCCUGAAACCCAGUCUGGAAGGCCUGGCUGUGCCACUCUUCCCCAAGUCUUUCCUGCUCCCUUGCAAACUGGUACCCGUGGAACCCUCCCUGUCGUGUUUCACAGCAAUAAAGAAUCCCCAGGAGAGUGGCAGCCCUGGGCAAGCCAGGGCCACGCUGUGGCCCUCCUGCACUAAGGGCUUGGGCCAGCAGCCUCCUCGUCAGUCCAAGCCUCCAUGUUUGGUCAGGAUGUCACUGAAUCCCUGUCACACACCUGUGUAGCUUUUCUUUGGAUGUUCUGUUGAGUUUGAGUUUCUGCAUCCAGCAUAGAAAUGAUACUCUGAGUUUGCUAAGAGACACUUGUAAUGCAAUAUGUGAAUAAUAAAUGGUGGUGAUUUUUUUUUCUCCCCUACUGUUUCACAUUUGGCCUUUAACUGCUAUUGGCUCUGGAGUGUUUUCUACACAGAAAUCGUAAGUCUAAUUUAACAGGCAGAUGGAGAGGUCUUUGGUUUCCAUCAGCCACAAACAGUGCAGAAACAGAGGGUUAUGGCAGAAUGGCUGGGUUCAGUUAGGACUUUUUCUUCUUUCCAUGUCUCCAGAUGAACAAUCUGUGUUUGUAUAUUGUUCUCUAUGAGCAGCUGUGGAAGUCUCCUGAAUUGUGCAUGUUCUUUAUGUAGUGCUCCCGCUGCUUUUAGCCUCAUGGUGGACAUUGAGUAUGUCCCUGUGGGCUAUUUGCAGCCUCCUGGCUGGUGAGUGUGAGGGGGAGGGAGAGGCAAAAGAGUGUUUGGGAACAAGAGCAUCCCAGGGUGCUGAGCAGAUGCUCUUAAAGCCCAACAAGGGAUGCCCAAUACUAGGGAUUUGGUAGCAGUUGGAUUUGGCUAAGUGUGUGUGUGCACUGAUGCGUGGUGCCUCUGGCACUUUCUCCUGUUGUCUGACACAAAGCAUUCCCUAUGGCAUCCCACAUUGAGCUUCUUGGCUUGGGAAGAGGAGGCUGACACCUCGAUUUUCAUGUCACCCAGGGGCAGAUAGGAAUAUAUUGGAAAUCUUUAGGAUACAGAGACAAAGUAGUCCUGGUACAGUAUUAUUUUCCCUUCUGCCUACAUGCCAUGGGGACCUCUUUGUUCAUUUGUGUACUGGUGCUGACAAAGGUAAGACUUAAACUGCUCAAAUGGAACAAUGCAGCAUCUAUUUAUUAAGUUAUUCCCCACCUUCCCAAAGCCAGGACUUGGAGAGCUCGAGCUCACAUUAAACCAAGGCUCCCUAGUUCCUUAAUGGAGAAAAUAAGUAAAGAAAAAAAUGGAUGUGUUUUGUUCUGUAGAGCUCCCCAUGUUUUGGGUAGGAAUUCAAAAUAUUUACUUGGGUUAUUACAGUUGUAGACAACUGUCUUUCUGAUGUUGUUCCAGUAAGUGCCAAUGCUGUUCAUAAUUGUUUUCCAGUGUCAUUAAGCAUUUGGGUUUUUGUGCAAAUUUCUCAUCUGAACCUGGAAGCAGGUGGAAAUUUAAUGUUAGUUCCUACUUUUAAGGACAAUGCUCUGUUAAUGAAAACCGAUCCUCUUCACAACUUUGGUGUAUUGUAGAUUAUAAUGAAAGAUGUAAAAUAUUCAGGCUUUUUUUCCCCUUUUUUUGGACUUUGUAUUUUACUGCAUGUCUCUA